UGAAAAUUGAUCCAUUUUCAAUUUAUAAACUGGCCCUAUUGCCUAGCAGUUCUGCCUUUACAAAGAAAAUAGUGAAGUUAUACAAGGGCACAGGUUAAACUACAGAAGCUGUCUGCAAACUGAGAGUUAAGCUAGCUGCAUUUCUCAGAAUGGCCCUUCCUUGUGAGUUGAUGGAUGAAGUACUCUGUCGUGUCCCUGUCAAGUAUCUUCUUCGUUGUCGUUGUGUGUCGAAAGAAUGGUGUUCUCUUAUUGAUAGCACUGCGUUUAUCAAGAAACAUCUCAAAACAACCACUGAGUGCAAUGCUCCUGGUGUCAUUCUCACUGGGAAGCAGAGCCUUUUCUUGACUGAUCUCGAGUCUCUGUCUGCUGAUGAGGAAGUUGAUGGUGUGGAAUUAAGAGAUCCACUUAAGUCUGUUUUCCCUGAUGCUGACUUUGUGGGUGCUGGCAAUAGCUUGCUAUGCUUUUGUAAGAAAAAUGCUUGUAAGUUUUUGAUAUAUAAUCCAGCCACCAGGAAGUAUAGAAAGGUACCUGACAUGCCAUCUAUGUUUGCACUUUGUUUUGGCAUGGCAACGGCUACCAAUCGCGGGUUUGGCUAUGAUCAUGUUAAUGAUGAUUACAAGGUUGUCAUGAUUGCGGAUUUUUGUGGUAUGUUGGUCAUAGUCUACAGCCUGAAAUCUAAUUGUUGGACACAGAUUCAUGAUGUUCCUAGUGACAUUCUGGUUUAUCCCUCAUCCCAAAAGGGUAUGUUUGCAAGUGGAGCUCUGUAUUGGUUGGCGGCUAAGAAUCAGCCGGAUGGCUGUUUUAUAGUUCUUGGUUUUGAUCUUGGGCCGGAACAGUUCAAGGAGCUCCCUUCUCCGGUUGCUCGUGAUGGGGAUUUUUAUUUUGCUGAUGGAGGAUCCCUGUGCAUCCUUGAACAAUGCACCAAAUCUCGUACUGAUGUAUGGCUGAAAAAUAAUUAUGGGGCGGAGAAUCCCUGGUACAAAGCAUUUGCGGUGGAGAAACCUUGUGCACUUGGAUCCUUUAAGGCUUUUAGACCUAUUGCUUUUUCAAGGAGUGGCAAGAAUGUGCUUUUAGAGGUGGACCAGGACCGCACAAAACUGUUGUGGUAUGAUCUUGUAAAGAAGGAAGUAAAGGAUACUAGGAUCUAUGGGAUUCCGAGCAAGUUUAGUGCACAUCUAUACAGAGAGAGUCUCUUGCAACUGACUGAGAAUGUGCGGCGGCAGAAGCCAUCAAAAGACAAGAAAAAGAAGAAGCAGGAAAAGAAAAGGAAGAAAGAGAAGAAACAACAACAGAAAAGAGAUGAUUUUCUUUCCAAGGGAUUCAAACUGAAGCUAUAAAAAGAUGGACGAGUCAGAUAACAAGGAAGGCAACAUAGUCGGGCGACAAGUAGGGUUGUGGAUCUUUCGGAACAGAAGGGAGUUAACCAGUGCAAUUAAUAUAGUUAUGUAC